AUGGGGCGCAGGGACAGCCGGGACAGCAGAGACCGCGGCCCCCGUGCGCGGUCCCGCAGAUCGGAGGACAAGCGGGAUAGAUCUCGAAGAAGGUCGGAACGGCGAGAUCGCGAUCGCGAUCGUGAUCGUGAUCGAGACCGUGAUCGCGAGCGGGAACGCGAGCGUGACCGCGAGCGGGACCGCGAGCGAGAACGCGAGCGUGACCGCGAGCGCGAGCGUGAGCGUGAACGUGAGCGCGAGCGUGAGCGAGAGCGCGAGCGCGAACGCCAACGAGACCGGGAACGAGAGCGUGAGCGAAAAGAUCGCGAUCGCAAUUCGCAGCGACUGGAGCUGCGCCCGAAUUCAAAUGGGAGAAAGGAAGAGCUGCGUAGUGGCAACGGUGCACGCGCUGACCGUGGCGACAGCAGAGAACCGCGGCGAGGUGCCGCUGACGGCAAGAAGGCGGAGAGCGAGAAGGUGAGCCCAGGCGCUCCUGAGGAUUCCGCCAACCCAGACGAAAUCAAGCCCAUCUGGACCUGCAAGCAAUGCAAGACCUCCAUGUUCGGGCACCUCCUGGAGUGCAGCACCUGCCACGUGCCCAAGCCUGAGGCGGACCUCCGCUUCGUCCAGGUCUGGAACGUGCCUCCGGACGUGGCGAAGAAGGCGCUGCAGUGGUUCCAGAAGAAGGCUGGUGGUCCGUCGUCUGAAAUGGCCCCGAUAGGUGUGCAGAUGGUGACGGUGGUGGAGAUGCAGUGCGCGGUUUUGGAAAUGAAGGCCCAGCAGGAGGCGGAGAAGAUGAUUGUGGCCAUCGACAAGUGGAAGGUGGGCAUCCCGAAGAUGAAGGCCAAGGUCAUCUCCUCACAAGAGUUUGAGAACUUCUUGGAGAGGAGCAAGACUCUCCUGGUUUUUGUCAAGAACCUGCCGGAGGACAUCGAGGAUGAGGAUGACAUCAAAAAGAUGGGGCAGGACAUUGAGAAAGCGACGAUCGGCAAUCAUCCAUCCCACGGCAGGUACGCGAUCAUUGUGGCUGCGACGCAUGAAGCGGCGCGAGCUUGCGUGGAUGUGUUCAAUAUUCCGCAUAGUGGCGGCGUCAUGACAGCAGAGCUGAGUACGGAGUAUCAAAGACAGAUGAUCCUGAAAGGCUCGAAGAAGGUUUGCAUUUGCUCCACGCGCAUUUGCAACGGUUAUGGGGACGUCUUCUUCCUGCGCGGGGAGCUGGGCUCCGGGAAGACCUCCCUGGCCAGAGGCUUUCUCAGGGCCUUCUUUGGCAAUGCCAUGCUGGACGUGCCCUCCCCGUCCUACUUGCUACACUUCUCCUACAGCUCCAGCAAGCCAGCGGACUCCAAGGAGGACCAAGCCUUUCAAGCGGGCAGCCAGUCACUGGUGCCGGGCUGUGCAGUGCACCAUAUCGACCCCUACCGGCUGCCUGUGGGCAAAAUUGCGUCGCUGAUCGACUUUGAGGUGAUUUGGCGAGAUAUUUCCUUGGUGGAGUGGCCCCAACGGCUCGGGGAACAACUCGUGAACGAGGAGAAGCCGCCUCGUCUGGAAGUUUCCUUCGAGGGCUUUGGUCCUCAGGCCGAAGGCAGGAUAGUGCAGCUGUCAGCAGUAGGCUCCAGAUGGCAAGAGGCCAUUGAUCGAUGGCAAUCGGAGGGGGGACCAGUGCGGUCCAGGCCGAGCGAUCCUCCGAGAGCGAGCCCUGUGCCGCAAAGUGUACCGACCUUCCAGGCGCAGGCUGGGCCUUUGUCCAGCACGCCUUCAUCAAGGCCAAGGAACUGUCAAGCUUUGCCCAGCGACCCGCUAGAAUGGCGCGUGCUUGGCAUCGAAUCCAGCUGCGAUGACACCGGUGCCGCAGUGCUGAGGGGCGAUGGCAAAAUCCUGGGUGAGGCGCUGGCAUCCCAGGCUGGUAUACACGAGCAGUGGGGAGGAGUAGUGCCGCGGCUGGCGCAAGAGGGCCACAAGAAGGCCAUAGAUGAGACAGUCGAGGAGGCUCUGCGGAGAGCAGGCGUUGCUCCAUCAGAGCUUUCGGCGGUAGCAGUCACAGUUGGGCCUGGCCUUGGUCUGUGCCUGGAAGUGGGUGUACGGAAGGCCCUCCACAUUGCUGCGGAACACAGGCUACCAUUGGUUCGUGUGCACCACAUGGAGGCACAUAUGAUGGUGACUCGAUUGCCGCCAACGCUUUCAUCAGAUGCAGGUGGUGGCACGCCAGAUUUCCCCUUCAUCACGUUGUUGGUUUCUGGCGGCCACAACAUGGCCGUGCUUACCAGAGGGGUUGGACAGCACACCAUCUUGGGUAGCACCAUCGAUGAUUCCAUCGGAGAAGCGUUUGAUAAGACAGCCCGGGUGCUGGGCAUUACCCAGGUACCUGGUGGUCCCCACCUCGAGCGCUUAGCCAAAGAUGGCGACCCGAAGGUCCAUCCAUUGCCGAAACCCUUAUCAAAGACUAGAGACAAGGUGCUGCAGGAAGGCUGCGACUUCUCCUUUUCCGGGCUGAAGACAGCUGUCAGGACUUUGGUGGAGAAGGAAUUGCCAAGUGCCAAAGCAUCAAGCCUUCCGGAGGAUGAGCUGCACAAAGUCAAGGCGGAUGUCGCAGCGGCGUUCCAACACGUUGCUGUACAACAUUUGUGCGAACGUGCAUCCCGCGCCACAGGCUGGGCAACAGAUCUUGAGCCUGCAAAGUGGCUGGUUGUGGCUGGCGGCGUGGCCGCCAACCAGGAGGUGAGGAAAGGACUCGAAAAGGUAGCGCAAGAACAUGACUUGCAGAUGCGCUGUCCUCCGCCUCGGCUUUGUGUUGACAAUGGUGUCAUGGUGGCCUGGGCUGGAAUCGAGCGUCUCCGUUUGGGGCUGUACGAGGAACCUCCAUCCAAACACGGUGCCGACAAUCAUGUGGAGAUUCGGCCGCGGUGGCCUCUGGGAGAAAGAGAUGCGCGCAGCCAGCAGACCAAGUUUCCCAAAGGUCAGAAGCGCAAGGGCGAGGCGAAAGCCGGCGAGACAAGCCAGGCCGAAAAGAAGGUGAAAGGCUCUUCGGAUGCAGAGGAAGGCUAG